AUGGCUGGCAUGACCCCGACCUUUUCUCUUACACUGAAUCAAAUCGGCGUUGGUUUGAGUAUGAUGUGCACUCCUUUCUCUUGGGUUAUCAUGUCCAAGGUCGGCCGAAGAUUUGCUAUUCUUGCAAGCUUCGCUGUCGCUGGAACCAUUUUUAUUGGAAUGGGUGCCUGGCUUGACCCUAGUGCUCCUCCAGACGCUCCUCAGAAGUCAGCGACUGACAUGAUGCUCGUCGCAAAUGCAUCUCUGAUAGACUCUUACGAUAUAAUGGUUCAAAUCGCGGAGGACCUCGGCAAUGAGGACACCUCUAUCUACAAAGCGAAAGCAGCAACUGCCCGACAACAAUACGCCAAGCAAUACAUCUCAGAGACCGGUCGCUUGACUUCAGAUUCACAGACAGCUUACGCUCUAGCCAUUUGCUUCAACUUACUCGUUGAACCUUCUCAGCUGAUAUGGGCAGGCGACCGACUCACUGAGAUUGUACGAGCCAAUGAGUACUGUGUCGGUACGGACUUCGCAGGAACCCCAUUUGUCUGUGAAGCUUUGGCAAAGACAAAUCAUAUGGACGUCGCGUAUGGCAUGCUUCUGAACAAGAAGUGCCCUUCCUGGCUCUACCAAGUGACUAUGGGUGCGACAACGAUUUGGGAGCGUUGGGAUAGUAUGCUACCCGAUGGAUCGAUCAAUCCAGGAGACAUGACCAGUUUCAAUCACUAUGCCUACGGUGCAGUAGCUAAAUUCAUGGUGGAGCGCGUCGCAGGUCUGAAGCAAUUGGAACCUGCGUGGACGAGAUGUCGUGUAGAUCCUUGCGUUGGUGGUGGUAUCACAGCUGCGAGGACGUCACAUUUGACACCGCAUGGGAGAGUCUCGGUCUCUUGGAAGGUGGCCGAUGAAGGAGAGGUACAAAUGAACGUUGUCGUACCGCCAUUUACGGAAAUGGAGGUCGUACUCGGGAAUGGCGACUCUGACGUUCAAGUCGUGGGACACGGAGAAUGGUCUUUCAAGCGGCAUUUGUAG